UGUAUUUUUUUUCAUUGAUCAUUUUCUUGCCAUACUGACCAAACGCUCUGAUCUGAAGUAGUAGCUAUGGACAUUGCAAGCUUCGUCAGGGAUUGCGCAAUGUGCUUGUGGGAUCCAAUAGGCAGCCAAUACGAACACUCGAAAAACUACCAGACGAACCUGGACAAGCUUAAAGAGAGCGCUGCCACGCUUGAAGCUCGUAAGGAUGAUGUUGAAAUCAAAAUCAAAACGGACGAAUCCAACAACAAAAUUAUCAAAAAAGAAGCCAAAGAUUGGCAAAACAGAGUUGAAAAAAUGUUGAAUGAGUCGAAGUCAAUACUGAAUGAGACGGCAAAAAAACCCAAGAACAGCUGCUGGGGCUUCCCUCAUUGCUGCUGGCGCCUCAAGAUGAGCAAGCAAGCGGAGGAAAAGGCGGAAUCCAUCAACACCAUUUUAAGAGAAGAAAAGAUUCUCAGUGUCUCUAUACCGCUUGCUCAAGCCCCACCUCCGCAAGGUCUGACGAUUCCUACAACCAUAGGGAUGGAGAAGUUUCAGCUAUUUUCCUCCACGGAAGUAGCUAUGAAAAGGGUUAUGGAAGCGUUGAAGGGCAACGUGGUUCGAGUUAUUGGCGUUCAUGGAAUGGGCGGAGUCGGUAAAACGACCAUGGUGAUUAAGUUAGCUGACCAAGUUUCGGAGGAGAGGCUCUUCGAUCAUGUUGUGAUGGCGACUGUGUCCCAAAAUGAUCGCAAUUUGAAAAGAAUUCAAACCCAAAUUGCGCAAGGGUUCGGUCUCAAUUUAGGAGCAGGGACUCAAGAAUGGCGAGCACUCAAGUUGAAGAAGAAAAUAAUGAGCGAGAAAAGGGUCCUUAUUAUUUUGGAUGAUAUUUGGAAAAUGCUGAACUUGGAAAGCGUUGGAAUUCCUUGUAAUGCUGAACUUGAGAAUUGCGAGUCCAAGAUAUUGAUCACUACUAGACUGGAAAACGUUUGUCAUCGAAUGAAAUGCCAAGAAAAGAUUAAUCUUCAGCAUUUGAAUGAGCCAGAUUCGUGGGAAUUCUUCAAAACGACAUCACGCACAAAUUUUGACCAACCAGAAUUUGAGGAAGUCGGCCGCAAGGUCGCCGGGGAAUGCAAAGGGCUUCCGAUAGCCCUUGUUGCUGUAGCAAAGGCACUCGGGGACAAAGACAUCAAUGAAUGGAACAGUGCCCUGGAAAGACUUGAGAGAUCUGAGCCUGUGAACGGGGACGACGAUUACACCGUAUUCAACUGCAUAAAGUUGAGCUACGAUUUCUUAGGAAGACUUGAGAAAGCUUGUUUUUUGGUUUGUUGUCUUUUCCCGGAGGAUCACAACAUUGCCAAGGAAGAGAUUGCAAGGUAUGGGAUGGGAAUAGGACUGUUUCAAAACAAUAUUGACUCGAUAGAAAAGGCGAGAGGUGAAGCCGACACCAUUGCCAAGAAGCUAAUAGCUUCAGGACUACUGCUCCAUGGCGAUAAGAAGGAGCAAGUGAAAAUGCACGAUGUCAUUCGUGAUGUUGCGAUACUGAUAACGUCGUCCGACCCGUUCUGGUUGUCAUCGUCGGGAAACGAUCAUCAACAUUAUGUUUUCAUGGUGGAAGCUGGCAGUGGAAAAAGAGACUGGCCCAGAAGGGAAAGUUAUGAAAAAUACACUUCCAUUUCGUGUAUGUUUAAUGAAAUCCAAAGGCUACCCGAUGGCCUAGACUGUCCAAAGCUCCAAGCUUUGUUAUUGCAAGAAAACAGUACUCUUAAGGAGAUCCCAGACACCUUCUUUAGAGGUAUGAUUACUCUCAGGGUGUUGGAUUUGAAUGGAAUCCAGGCCUCUUCACUCCCUUCGUCGAUCGAGCUUCUAAAGAACCUUCGGACCUUGUACUUAGACCGUAGCAAGUUUGAAGAUGUUGCAUUGCUUGGAGCAUUGGAGAAGCUCGAGAUACUUAGUCUCAAGGAAACUUACAUCAAAACAUUGCCAGAAGAACUGGGAAAGCUGAGUAAGUUGAGAAUGCUGGAUCUUACAAUGUGUUGCCUCAUCAAAAAUAUCCCAACAAACUUGUUCUCAAGCUUUUCUUAUUUAGAGGAGUUAUAUUUGAAAGGAAGCUUCGCCGAAUGGAAAGUCGAGGAUGGAUCGUCCUCGUCGGAGGCCGGCAAUACCAGUAGUUCUACUGCUUGCUUUGGAGAGCUAGUAGAUUUGCUCUGCUUAUCCAUCGUAAAAGUUGAUAUUGCGGAUGUUAAUUGUUUGCCUCUGAUUGUUAAAUGUGUUCCGAAAUGGGUGAAAUUUGACGUAGCCAUAUGUGGCAACCCGGGCAAGAGAUUAAUAUAUGCUAGCUUGUCGAGAAAAACGACUAGUACUAUUGAAUACUCAAGGGCAUUGAUGCUUGAUAUUGCCAUGAACAAGUUACCGGAUUGGUUCAUUGAGGUGGUUUCGGAGAAAGCUGAGAAGCUGGUCUACUCAGGAUGCUCGGCUCUGAACCUGGUGGAAGAGUUACAUCGAGGGAGGCUAACUGGUUUGAAGUCUUUAGAUGUUGAGCAGUGUGAUGAGGUACGCCACCUCAUGCGUUUGGGAGAAGGUUCCCAAUCCCAACUGCCCUUGUUCGAAAGCUUGGAGGAGUUAAAGAUUCACCACAUGUAUUCCAUGGAGGGGAUAUGCGUUGAGGAACUACCAAGAGGGACUUUUGCCAGACUGAAAUUCUUGGAGGUUAAACAGUGUAAUUGCUUGGUGAGGUCGCUCUUGCCGUCGAAUCUGAUAAAGAGGCUACUAAAUCUCGAGACCCUUUGGGUGAGUGGGGACUCGGUGAAAGAGGUGUUUGGGUCUGAAGGACUAGAAGUUAAUAAUAAUAAUAAUGCAGGGACAUUGUACUUGGGUAGGCUGAGAGAAAUGAAACUGCAAAACUUGUCUAAACUCGAGAACAUAUGGAAAGGCCCGGCUCACUUGGCAGAUUUCUCAAAUCUUAAGGUUGUGACUGUAGUUAAGUGUAAGGAAUUGAGCAACUUAUUCUCGGUUUCGGUUCUCUCUCGAGGUCUUUUGCAACUUGAAGAUCUAUGGGUGGAGGAGUGUUUGGAAAUGGUGGAAAUAAUUUCAGACGACCCAGGAAUCAGUGUGGUGAACAGAGUACAACUACCCAAAAUGAAGACAUUAUGUCUCAAAAAUCUGCCAAUGCUAAUCGGUUUUUGCCCUGGAAUUGUUUUGGAGUGCCCUUCUUUAGAGCACCUGCAUGUGCUAAACUGCCAAAAAUUUACAAAUGUCGUUGCAGACUUUCACAGCUCGAAACAAGUCCAAGAAAAUGAUGAACAGCACAUGAAGCUCCUAAAGAAGCGAAUGGGAGAAGCGCUAAAUUGAUUAUUUUCCGGGGAAGAGAGGGUGAUCAAUUGUAUAGCGCGCGCAUGGCGAAGAGGGUUCGUAUGCAGAUUCCAUUGGUCGGCAGCAUCCCAUUUGUUUGGAUUUUCAUUAUUCAAAGUCAACGACCUGCAAAGGGAGAACUUGAGUGGAAGCGGUUCAACAUGUCACGCUGUCACAACUGAGAAAAUGAGAGAAAUGGUUGCAGUCAUUGGUGUUUCGCUUGCGCUCCCGACUCUAAAAAUGAAUAUUGCAUUGUGUUGAGUUAUGUUUUUGAAUAUAUAUAUAUAUAUAUAUAUGGAAGAUUUCUAAAUGGUUAUUGUCCAUAGAUGGGUAACAAUAAUUAUGAUGAUGGGGCAAAAUAGUGACUUAGUAUAGUAAGUGACCAACCGGUAAAUAUUUUUUUUCUACAUUAAUUUUGAAUUUAGU